GACAAUAAAGCUGAAACAAGUCACAACGUGGAAAGACGCCCCUCUUAUCAACUUUGCAGCUGAACAGAAGGAUGUGGAAGCAAACAGCAGAGGGAAAUCCAAACUCUUGAACCAGCAGAUAAUGACUGAUGAAUUGAAACCAUCAACAUCCACUCCAGAAGCCAAGGAUCCCAAAAAAGAUUUUUCUAUUGCGGAGGCUAUUUCCCUGAGACAAAGAGUUGAUGCAAUAGAAAUGGGCAUUAAAUCCUUAGAGAUGAUUGAUUCCCAAAACCCUGAAGGAAUGAAAUCAGUGCAGUCUCAGAAGAAUGAAAACAGCCCCAAGGAAGAAACCCAGGGGACUUCUUAUCUGCUGGAGUGUUUUCAUAAAUUGAAUAUGUCCACAGCAAUAGAGCUCCAAGAAAUGAAAGGCAAAAUAACAUGGCUGCAAAACUACAUGCUUAAUUUCACAGGCCAGCUCCUCAGUGUGGAGGAAAGAAAUGACGCUCUGAUGCAUCCAUUAAACUCACAGAACCCUUUUGAGUCUAAGAUGAAUGCCAUGGAAAAGCAAUUCAACAAUGCCACAGAGGCUCUGAGCAACCUUCAAAACCGCCUUGAGGAGGGACUGGACACAGUGUUUUUACAGAUCUCUCAGCUUAAAGAUGAUUUCUUCUUUAUUGAGAGCUUCUUGAAUCACACAGAUAUGAAAAGCUCAAAGUCCUAUAUGUCUGCAUCUAAACUCUCAAAGGAAACAGAAGAUACACCUGCAACAAUCCCUCCAAAUCCCCAGGCUGAUGCACUACUGAAGAAUCCAACAGCCCAAAUCCUUCUAGACCAUAAGACAGAAGCAAUGGGGCCAGAGACAAUACAGAAGCCCAAAAUAAACAUUCCAUUUAUAAAGAAACUUACAGAUCUCCAAGUCUUCUUCUAUGGUGCUGACAAAAAUGCAAAUGGAUACCUAACAUUCAGUGAGAUGGAAAAUGUCCUGGGAGAAGACACACCUCAGAGAGAGGAACUUCAAGAAUUUGACUAUGAUAAAAAUAGCAUGUACUCAUACCUUGAACUAAAAAAAGCCCUUGAACUGACAGAAUGACUGAGAAAACUAAAUGCAAGGUGGAAAGAUGCAUGCAAUGUUCUGGAUUUUUUUUAAAAUUUUAUAUAGGAAAGAAAAUCACAUGCAGUUCUAUUUGUUCAUGUUUCUUCAAAUGGAAUAUAUUAAUGGUGUAAGGAUAAAAGGAUCAUCCUUACCUAAAUAUGUACUCCCUAUUUACCACAGUAGUCAGUUACUAUAGAAUAGCCAGUGGAGAAAAACUGCAAAUGUUUAAUUGUCUUUAUAAUUAUUAACAUUUUAAUCAAAUAUUAAUAUGAAUAUAUGCACUUUGUUUUGUUGUAUAUAAGAGAAAUUGGGAGGACAAAGAUAUUAGUGGUUAAAUAUGAUUUAGAAACCUUUGACUUACUAUUAAAACUGUUUUGCAAGGUG